AUGGACAACAACACUAACACACCACCAACAACAACCACCACCCCAGAGGCAGAAGUAGCACAUGAUUUCCCCGGUCUCAUCCGCGUAUUCACGGACGGUCGCAUCCAACGUUUGAAAGGAGUCGACGUCGUUCCACCCUCCACCCCCACCACUCACCCCGUUUCCUCCAAAGAUGUCACUCUUCACCCUCAUUCCACUCUCUCCGCUCGCCUCUUCCUGCCUCCACCACCAUCAACUAACCACCGACGAAACCUCCCUCUCUUGGUCUACUUCCACGGCGGCGGCUUCUGCACCUCCUCCCCCUUCACGUCAACCUACCAUCACUACAUCGCCGCCAUCGCUGCCGAAGCCAAGGUCGUUGCUGUCUCCGUCGAGUACAGGCUGGCCCCAGAGCACCCUCUUCCGGCAGCGUACGAGGAUUCAUGGGCUGCACUACAAUGGAUCGCGUCACACCGGACUAACACUGGACCAGAGCCUUGGUUGAAUGAAAAUGUAGACUUUGGAAGAGUGUUCUUGGCUGGGGACAGUGCCGGUGCCAAUAUAGUGCAUAAUUUAACUAUGCUACUUGGUGACCCCGAUUGGGACAUUGGCAUGGACAUCCUAGGAGUUUGUCUAGUACACCCGUAUUUUUGGGGUUCGGUUCCUGUCGGAUCCGAGGCCAUGGAUUUGGAUAAGAAGGGGGUGGUGGACCGCCUGUGGCCGUUUGUGUGUCCGGAUUCGCCGAACAAUGAUGACCCACGGGUUAACCCGGUGGGGGAGGAUGCACCGAGCUUGGCGUGGCUGGGGUGCAGGACGGUGCUGGUGUGUGUGGCGGAGAAGGAUGUGGUGAGGGAGAGAGGGUGGGUUUACUACAAUGCUUUGAGUAGGAGUGGAUGGUUGGGGGUGGUAGAAAUUAAGGAGACUCUGGGGGAGGGUCAUGUCUUUCAUCUUAAUGACUUGGAAAGUGACAAGGCUCAGGAUUUGAUUAAAACCUUGGCUCUUUUCUUCAACAGAGAUUAG